CUGUCAUAUCACGACCUCGACGGAAGUAUGCUAAGUCCGGCGCGCCUUCUCGACGCGCUAGAUUCGCCUUAUAUUUAUUACCACCUCUGGGUGGCAGUCAAAAUGUCGCUGGAUGACCGUGACAAGGGCAAGAUGAAGGCACCCAGCAUGAAUGCGGCUAUUUUAGAGCGUCUGGUCGUUGAACUCGGAAAACCAAUGAUAGAUAGAACCCCUGGUCCACAUAUCACCUUUGUCGACCCACGCUUACAUGGCAACGCCAGCAGGAUCUUAAGGAGUGCCAUCCGGAUCCCUGCAACGGAAGAAGGGAUCCUUGCUUCGAAUUAUCUCGAGCGCAAGUGCCAGAUUCUCACCAAUUUAGAUCUUGUUGGAACAUUAGCCCACGCGGCAGCCUGCGCCGAGUCUGGAUCGAACCUGGUUUCAAUUGCAGUCGGUCCUCUAUUAGAUUGGUAUGAAAGGAAACGGAAGGCCAAAUAUCAGGAUAUCAAAACGCAUCCCGGAAUUGAACAUAUUCAGGCCACUGCCGUGUAUUUCAAACUCCACAAACAAACCACAAGACUGGUUGGCACAGACUUUCGAACGUUGAAAGAGCUAGGCCCUCUGGGUUGUCUGGAUGCUGUUGUAAUUUCAAAAGACAGUGUGGAACAGCUGAGUGGGUCUCCUUUCCCACUCAUCCAGUCCGUGCCCAAAACGUCACCUGCGUAUGCCCAUGCCGAAGAGACACCUAAACGCUCAGCUUUCCUAGGAAAGAAAGCGGAGUUCAUCUCGUUUCUCCCCGAAAAUGACAGAGGCGUUUUGGUUCAGACAAUGCAGGUCAUUCUGGGAAGAUUAAAGGUAAAGAUGCAGGAGAUUGAUAAAAUGAUUCAGAAGGAGCUUUCGAAGCAG